AUGUCGGAUAUAUUUGGAGAUGCAAUUAUGCAGUUUAUUCCAGAAAUGCGGGCUCCUAUGCGCUCCGAUCUGGUUCAUUCAGAUGAGUCAAUUCUUGGCUUCGAAACGGCGAAUUCCGCUGGAGGCUUAUUCAUCGAUCUCUUGACUUUUCAUUCCGUCGGGUUGGCACAUCUCGAGGCCUAUUGCGAAAAAUUUGGUGGCGCUAGAAUUUUCUUGAGAAAGAAGAUACCUGCUGAUUUUGAAGGAGAAUAUGAGUCGAGGGAGCAAUGGAGCAUUGUUGUUAUGCCUCAGAAGAUCGAGGUGGAUCUUGAAGAAAUCGACAGAAACAUCGAGUGCAUACCAAGUCUGAUGAGCAUGACAAUCGAUGCCGUCAUCUCCGCCACUCCCGCACUCACCCGACUUGAGAACCGUUUCCUCUCCGCCCGCGAGUCGAAAAAGCAAGAACUAAACUUGGCACAGUACGAGUCGCCCCUGCCAGUAAAAGUUCAGCCAGGAAAUAUAAAAGAAAAAGAUUGGUAUUGCCAAGUUUGCGGGCUAAAAAAUGAGAAUCUCUGGCUCAAUGUGAUCGAUGGAACGAUUCUUUGCGGAAGAAAAUAUCGAGAAGGGACGAUUUUUUACGAAAACGACGAGUUCAAGCCUUCCGAAGGGCAUGGUCAUGCAUGGGAAAACUUCAAGCAAACGAAUCAUCCUUUGGUCGUCAAGAUUUCAAGCAUUUCUCCGUUCGGACUUGUGAUCUACAAUUAUGCGCAAGACGAAUUCGUUGAUGACCCACAGAUGGCUUCGAUUCUCGCAAAAAUCGGCGUCAAAACACUCGAUUGUGCCAGCCACGAGCUACCAAUCUGGGAAAACGCUGAAUCUCCACGUGAAAAUGUCCGAGUCACGGAAAAUCAAUUCCUAAAGCCGCUAGAACAAGAUCACGAAAGAAUUGGAAUCAGCAACACAAAGACCAGCAACUCGGCUAUUAUCGCUGCCGUGCAACUUUUGGCAAGAUGUCCAGCGCUGAGAAUUUACAGUAGCAUCAGUAAACAAGUUUAUUUACAGUCAGAAGCGCCUGUGGAAGAUUUUAACUUGCAGUUUUCGAAGAUUGUAUUAAGCUUGAUGGAUGAUGAUCCGCAAAACUGGAUUUCGCACACAUCAAAAUCAAUCAACUUAAAAAUGCUUAUUCACCGCCUCCACUCAACCCUACCGGACAUCGAUCAUAUGCUAGACCCAACCCUUCUCGUCUCAUCGCUUCUAAAAUUAAUUUCUACCGAACUAACCCCUUCGCCGGCGGAAAAAUUCACCGGGCAACUUGACACGUUUACGAAAUGUAUAAUUUCCGAGGCCGAGGCGCUGACAACGACAAGUUCUAAUGUUCUGGAGAUUGAAGCUGAAGAGUCGAUUUCGAAAUCGAUUCAAGAAUGGGCAAAUUUUACAGAACACAAUUUUUUCUCGCCACAUCUUCGCGAGCGAUCCCCCGCUCAAAUUCGCCGCCGAUUCCGCUCAUUUCCCUCAAAACUCCUCAUAUCCUGUCCUCGAUACUUCAAAAACUCAGAAUGGGUUGUUCAAGAAAUCAGUCAAAAACUCCUCGUCGAAGAUGUCCUCGAUCUUGGCUGGUUAAAAUCUGACGGCGAGAUCUUUCAUCCGACAAUGGAACUUGGCGAGGAUGGAGGAACAGGGCCUGUUUGCGAGGAAAUACAGAUGCUGUGCGAAAUGGGCUUUGGACAGAAACUAGCGAGAAAAGCGCUAGAUCGAAAUGGCUGGGACGUGGAGGGCGCUGCCGAGUGGCUCCUGAUGAAUCCCGAAGAGGAAGUCUCCGAUAAAGAUGCCCAACCUUUGGAAAAUCCUGCAACGCAGCCAUUUUCUAUCGAAAAUUACGAAGGAGAACUUGUCUCUGAAGAAAAUCCCGUCUUUCAAAAGAUCACCCUCAGCCGCGAAGCAAGACAAUUCACAGAGGAAGAAUUCGAAAGACGACAAAGAGAAUAUGCCGAGUUUGUCUUUGAUCCAGAAAGUGUGGCGCUUCUCGAAUCUUUCGGCAUUCCGACUGGUCUUGCUAAAAAAGCUCUAAGAAUUUGCCGAGGCGACAUCGAGCGCUCCGCCGACUGGGCAUUCAACAACUGGGACUCUCCCAUCUACGAAGAUGACACCGAACAAGUCGUUACAGAAGAAACAGUAACCCGCCAAGCCGAAAAAGUCAAGUCCGAGCUGACCGCGCUCCAACGUGAAGGACAAGAGCUAAUGAGGCAAAUGGCAAAAGAGAAACGAAACCCAACGACAGAUUUCGUCACCGAAAUGGUGGAGCGAUUGGAGGGUCGGAAAUCGACCUCGACGACGAUUCCUCGUCCGAUGAAAAUCGCGAAGAAAUUGGAGACUCCGAGAGAUAAUAUCGCUUCGUCAGCGAGUCCGACGACUCAAGCCAUGAUGGAGCUCAUGGAUGACCUUGAAAUCGAGCCAGUUUCUGAGGAAAAUCUUGAAAUAGUUGCGCCGCCUGAGAUCAAGGAAGAAAAUCGUCAAAACGGCCAAGAUCUGACGCUUGAUUUGGACUUGACAGACCAAUCAACGAUAAAUGAUAUUCUAGUGAAUGAAAAUGGUUGUAUGGAGGAUACUACAGACUGUAACACGACCGAUUACGACACAGAUUACAUCGUGACCGAUAAUUUGACCGAUUAUCACGAACAAGACUCGCGCGGAGAAUCAUCUCUUCUCGAAGAGCUUCAAGAGAUUCCCGAUGAUAGACUCAGCCUGAUCGAUGAACUUAUCAACGAAUCCGUGUCGCAGAUUGACAGGCAGAUUGAAGAAAAUGUGACCGCCUCGAGCCUCGAAAACCUCAAAAUGGCCGAACAACUUCGCCGUCUUCCAGAAGAAAUCACCCCAUUUGUCGACCCCCUUUCGAUAAUUUCCGAAGAAAAUUCGCAUCUCCCAACCGACUUUUGCACGAGUCCAGAAAACUCACUCAAGAGUGAAUGCGAAGACUCCCAGCCCACGGUGACGUUUCCUUCUGUUAUAAAUGGCAAUCAAAAUCAGUCGGUAUCGGAGCAACUUAAAAGCAAUGAUCCGACGCAUGAUACGCUUGAUACGACAGUGACGAAAUCAAGCUGUACGCCGAGCAUGGAUACGGUUCUUACCAACGGUACGAACCCGGAGAAGAAGAAAAAGAAGAAAAUCGUGAAGAAAAUUAUCAAGAAAAAGGUCAAGAAGACAAGUGUUCAAAAUGAAGGGGUGGCUAAUCCGAAUGAAAACGGGAAUAAUUCGGUUGAAGAAGCAAAGUAUUCUCUAGUUUCCUUCAUCUCCCGAACCGAUGGAACGCCCAUGCUUCCCCACUUCACCUACUUCGAAAAAUCCGGCGACAACGAGUGGCUAAUCUUCGACGAUGCCAAUGUCGGAAUCGCCUCCGACGAACAAGUCGCCAGCGCAAAAUCAACUGCUGUUCUGUUUCUCUACGACCGACUCAAUCAACUUUGA